CGACUGUCUCGUACUUCCUUAUCAGCAAAUACACAGAGAUAUGUCAUUUCAAGAAGCUAUUUGUCGUGUCCGCGUAGAGCAAUCCGCAUCGCCUCUACUUCUACUUCCCAAUAGUUCCGACGUCCCUAUCGAAACUCGUCUCCAAUGGUUAAGAUUCAUUUCAGAACAAUUCCUCGAUCAACAAAAUUCAGACGGUGGAGUUCGCGAUUGGGAUCUUAUCCUCAGACUCGACGGCUCAGGAGAGAAUUGCGCGGACAAUACAUCGCCAGCUUCACUAUCUACCAGAGUAUAUUCAGCACGCUAUAGGAUCCCCAAUGCGAUAAUUGAACGACUCGACUCUAGUGAAGAAAAAGUUCGACGUGCAGAACUGUUUGCUCUAGGUGGUCUCUUAUACCAGGUGCUUUCGGGCAAAGAGAUGUUUAGUAGUGUAGAAGGGGGGGAGCAUAUUCAAUCUUGUCUUGCCAAAGGAGAGUUUCCAGAAGAUGUUUGGGAAUUACCGAGAGCGGUGAGGAUCCUAGCAUGUUGGUGUCCUGGAUUUGCCAAGGAUUUACUGGCUGCUCGCAGUAUGGACGAGUCUCUACGUUCAAAGGUCAUGGGCUACAUUAUAAAGCAUCCCGUCCUCUUUGGUCUCCAAGUCGCCGGUGGCAUUGCCUCUCUGGCCUCUAUUAUUGCACUGCCUAUUCUCGGUGCGGUGGGAUUCGGAGCGGCAGGACCAGCUGCUGGAUCUGCUGCCGCUGCGUGGCAAUCAAGCAUAGGUCUAGUAGAAGCCGGUAGUCUUUUCGCCUGGUGUCAAAGUGCGGCAAUGGGAGGAGCUGCAGUAGGCGGGAUUCUGGCCACCGGCUUAGCUGGAGCAGGUGUAGCUGUUGGGGCCGCUCUUACAGGUGCCUUAGACGGCGUCAACGCUCCAGCAACAGACCUAAAGGAGAAAUUCUUGACUGCUUGGAAUCGGGAUAUCAGUGGGACGUAGUUAGUAACUGCCCAACUUUAGUGCUACUCUUCCUUAAUAAGACCUUUCAC